AUGACAGACCUCAAAGUAAAAAUUGAGUCUAAAUAUCAACCUGUGUAUCCUCUCGUCUUUCUCUCGAUCCCCGAUAUGUUUAUUACAACACGUGCGUUCGCGGAUCAGCGAUUUGAAAAAGCUGCUCGAGCUGCAGGAUUUGAGCUUUUUAUGGGCGGACGAGGAGCAUCAAGGUCAGCCUUAGAUUAUUACAAAAUAGAAGACUGUCAAGCGGAUGAUCCAUCUUCAUCUGUAUCGUCUUGCGUGCAUUCAACCGGAAGGGUUGAUGAUGUGUUGGCAAUCUCUUUCGAAGGGACGAAUUUGGUUAUCACCUUACUAUCAAGGUGGAAUAACGACGGAUUGAAUGGACUUGUGUGGCCCGAAAAACAAGAGGUUAACUUUGAACUUGGGUUCAAUUCGGAUUUACGUAUCAAAGACCCUGAAAUAUUUUGGGGGAAAAUCAAACAAACUGUAGAGUCAAUCCUUGGGGAUCAUAAGUUGGAUCGGGUUAUUCUUAGUGGGGAUUCCGCAAAUGAGCUAGAGUUCAGAAGAACUGUCCGAGAUACUCUCCAAAAUCUUGGUCGUGCGGCAUUCAAGGAGAUUUCGGUCCCAGGAGAUGCAAAGGAUUUCGAUGAGAAUUUAUAUGUAGCUGCAAGGGGAGCUGCGAAUAACGCACGACGAGGGAUGAUGCAUGGGUUCAUUGCAUGUAUAUACAGCGUUUGGUGUGAAAAAGUUGAGGAGAUCCCAGAGAUUCUGGAUACUAGGAAAUUAAAAUCUGAGCUCUGA